AUGAAGGUUUCUACUUUGCUAGGGCCCAUUGCAUUGGCUGCGUUUGCAGUUGGAGAAAAUCCAAGCAUAUUCAAAAUAGAUUUUAAUGUUUUAAGAGGAAAUAGUAAAAGAGACUUGUCUUUCGAAGGUGAAAGGCCAAAUUUUGUUAAACGAGAUGGAUCCGCAGAAAUGGAAUUACAGAAUGAAAGAACGUUUUACUUGGCUAACUUGAAAGUGGGAUCAAACAAAGAUGAAGUGGGAGUUUUGGUGGAUACGGGGUCUUCGGAUUUAUGGAUGAUGUCUCACGAUUUACUGUGUGAAGCACCUUCUGGGUCAUCAAAGAGAGAUGUGAUUGUCGAUAGCAAAUUUCCAAAGGUGAAAGCUGACGGUGGUAAAGAUAAAAUGGUGGACAAUAAAAACGAGGGGCAUGCAAAGCAUGUUUCAAAAUCAAGUGAAGACGUUGUUACCAAAUCUGCCGAUGGGAAUAAUAAGGCAUUUUGGGACUUUGGAGGUAGUGACAGUACUACCAUGGUCACUGUAAGUCCAGAAGGAACUGGAUCAGGUGGCGGAGGAAGCGGAAGCAGUAGCAAGUCAGCUGGAGGUGCAACAACUAACACUUGUACUUCAUAUGGGUCUUUUAAGACUGAGGGAUCAGAUACUUUCAACCGUAAUUCAUCAGCGGAAGCGUUUUCGAUUAGCUAUGCUGAUGGAACAGAUGCAAACGGAAUUUGGGGGACUGAUGAUGUUCGCUUCGGUGAUAUAACAGUAAAGGAUUUAUCAUUUGCCAUUGCAAAUGAAACUAGUUCUAAUGUUGGAGUUUUGGGCAUAGGGUUGUCCGGAUUGGAAACUACCUAUUCUAAUUCUUACGGAGGUAACUACCAGUACGAAAAUUUACCAUUGAAAUUAAAGAGUCAAGGUACUAUUGAAAAAGCAGCAUAUUCAGUUUAUUUGGGCGAAAAAGAUGCCAAGGCAGGUUCUAUCUUGUUUGGAGCAGUUGAUUCGGCGAAGUACACAGGUGACUUGCAAACUGUGCAAAUCGUCAAUACUAUGAAAAGUUAUGGUUAUUCCGAAGCUAUCAAAUUAGAAAUUAUUGUAAGUGGGCUUACAUUUAACGAUUCAGGCUCAGAGAUUGAUCUCACGUCCAGUGAUCACACUGCAGUAUUGGAUACCGGAUCCACUUAUUCGUACUUCCCUUCCUCUCUUUUGAAGGUGGUCGGCGAGACAUUAAAUGGUCAAUACUCGUCUUCGUUGGGUGCCUACAUUGUCGACUGUGUUGAUGACGAUUCUUAUUACUUCACCAUUGAUUUCAGCGGUGCCAAAAUCCAAGUCCCGUUAUCAAAUUUAGUUACUCAAUACAGCUCUAACAGAUGUUUUUUGAGUAUUUUACCACAAACGGGAGCAGAUUACAUUUUAUUUGGUGACAAUGUGUUAAGAAGUGCUUAUCUUGUUUACGACUUAGAGGAUUUUGAGAUUUCUUUAGCUCAAGUUAAAUACACAUCAGACGAAGAUAUUAGCACCAUCUCAUCGUCUGUCCCAAACGCUAAGAAUGCGCCUGGUUAUUCGUCUACUGCAAUAUCCACCUCAACAGAUGAAACCGGUUCUAUAACAACUUCAAACUAUGGUAGUGAUAAAAAAUCAGGUGCUUCCAUUAACAAACUAUCAAUGAUCAAAUUAUACGGGUUGAUUAUAGGCAUGGGUCUCUUAGUAGGUGUUUCUGUAUAA